ACACGCUCAAAUUCCUUCCGACCACUCGAAGCUUCAACACGCUAGCGUCCCGUUCCCGAGGCCCUAGAACCAUGACGUGGCAAAGCGUGCCACUUGUCCUAGCGACUGUAGUCGCCGCGACGUUAGGCCAAGCCGACGCAUCAACUUUCCGACCGAACUGUACCCUCCCAUUGACCACCGACAACCUGGUAUUAUCUGCAGGAGUGAGAGGAACGUUCGACAUUCUAUGGAGUUCAAUUUUCACCCUCCUCAUCUGCAGUUGGUCAAUCCUACACUUGAAUAUCCCCAGCCAAUUACCUCGCCUGCAGAAGUCCAUGUGGGACAAGAUCAAAAGCUACGCUGUGGAUUUCCUGCCCAAGUUCAAAUGGAUGGUGUUGACGCUCCUCGUACCCGAGUUUCUGCUUGGGAAGGCAUUGCAGGACCGUCACCUUGCAAAAGUCUCCAUAGACGAGAUGAAAGAGCUGGCUUCCGAGUCAGGAUUUGAAUGGACAAUUACUCACGGAUUUUACGCUGAUAUGGGUGGAUUCGUCCUCAAAGCCCACACCACGGUGCAAGACCAGGCUACGCCAACUCCUGUGGUUCUCAACCUUCGCUCUCUUCAGUACGCUUGCGGCGAAAUGAGGAUGAUCGAACGUUUACCAAGGAUAACUGAGGACGAGAUCAAAGACAAGAGUAAAGGAGACUUCUUUGUGAAGUGUCUCACGGGGAUGCAGCUAGCGUGGUUCGUUAUCCAGGUGAUCACCCGCGCAUCGAAAGGUCUCGCGAUAUCAGCGCUCGAAAUCGCCAUAUUGGCGUAUGCCGCAUGCUCUCUGAUAACGCUUUACCUAUGCCUUUCGAAACCAAAGGACGUGAAAAUUGAAGUGCGUCGGCCACAGUCGUGGUUUGAUGUAUCCCUACAACUAGCCCGGUACCGCGGCCGAUUCGGAUCGUCCAAGGCCAUCACAAGCCCGAUACCAAAUGAUGCUCGGUACGCACAUGGGGCAGCUGCGUCAGCAAUUUUCCCCGGGGUGCUUCUUACGCGCAUGGAUGAUGGGUUCACCAUUGCCGGGAUCGUAUUCGGAGGCAUUCACUGCGCAGCGUGGAAUUUCGCUUUUCCGUCUCCUGUAGAGCGACUUCUUUGGCGAAUAUCGAGCGUCGGAACAGCAGGGGUGCUGCCGCUUUACUAUGCAUUGUUACUCGCGGAUAUCCAUCUUCGAAGGUUCUCUAUCCUUCGGGUUGUGCUCCCGGUACUCGAAUUCUUGGUCGGCCUCAGCUAUCUCCUCGCUCGGCUUUACCUCCUUGUCGAAGUUUUCCGCGAGUUGUUCUUUCUGCCUCCGUCGGCGUUUAUCAGCACUUGGACUGCUCAAUUUCCGCAUGUGUCAUAG